AUGGAUGUCGAGACGCCUCAAAAUGUCGCGGGAAAUCAUUUCGAGGAUGUGAAAAUGGUGCGCGCCUUGGUGGUGGAUGAUGACCCGAUCGUUCGUAAGCUUCAUUGUAUGUACCUAAACAAGCACGUCCUCAAGAAUGAGGUGGCCGAAACUAGCCAAGAAGCCCUCGACCUUUUCGACUCGGGAAAGAGUUUCGCUCUCGUGCUCAUGGACUUGGAGAUGCCCGUCAUGAAUGGAGCUAGGGCGACUGAGGAGCUUCGAGCAAUGGGAGUAAAGGCCACGAUAGUGGGUGUGACCGCUUGUGGCGUGGAGAAGGAGAGGGCGGCUUUCCUUGCGGCCGGUUUGGAUGGUUGCGUUGACAAGACGUUGACCGCCCGAGCAUUUAUCGUAAUUUUGGAUGAGCUUGCACUGAGGGUACUUUGA